CCAUACAAGCAACACUUUAUCCCUCACACAGUCACCCCCAAAACGCACCGUUUCACCUUCACAUUGCCAAAAGGUCAAAUAUGGGUUCACUGGGCAACCUCGAAGCACCACCGCUCCUGACUUCAAGAAUCUCAACGGUGGUUCCCGCCACCCCGCGAGGUGACGAAAACGGUGCGUAUCAGCUCAGCUACAUGGACCUCCUCAUGAAGCUCCACUACAUCCGACCCGUAUUCUUCUUCGCUUCUGAGUCCGUACAAGGCCUCACCAUCUCGGACCUCAAGACGCCAAUGUUCCCACUUCUUGACACGUGUUCACAUGUUUCGGGUCGGAUUCGAAGAUCCGAAUCUGGAAGGCCGUUCGUGAAGUGCAACGACGCCGGUGUGCGUAUCGCUGAGUCGCACCGUGACGUCACGCUCAGGGAGUGGUUCGAUGAGAAUAAUGGGUGCUUGCGCGAGGUUGAUGAUGGGCUCGUCCAUGACCACGUGCUUGGCCCUGACCUUGGUUUCUCCCCUCUGGUUUUCGUUAAGUUCACGUGGUUCAAAUGUGGAGGACUCUCCGUGGGCCUGAGCUGGGCUCACGUGCUUGGCGAUGCAUUUUCAGCUUUGGACUUCAUAACCAAGUGGAGUAACAUCCUUGCCGGUCACGUGCCAGUGCCACCAAAAUCUCUUCGGAUCCCAAAUAAUCUCAUUGCGCCUGACGAAGAAAUAAUCAUUCAACCAAAUAAUAAUUCCCUCCUUGUUUCUGAGAAUCCUGCUUCCAUCAAAAGGGCCACAAUU